CCUUGGCUCAUCCAAAAAUAAGACAGAUCGGUUUCUUUGUUCUGUGAAUUCAGAUGUAAUUCCAAAAUUUGAGAAGAAAUAUUUGGUUGGGUGGGGUUUCCCCUAAUAUUUAUGGUUCCGUGCGCAGUUAAUUCCUCCCAAUUCGCCUUGAAAUUCGCUGACGCUGGAUAUGAUAACGUAAGUGCGGUAGCAGUGUAUAAUUAUCGGAUUUUGAGCAGGAAAGCAAAAGGUAGUAUUUAUCAUGGCGAAGAAGAAUAAAAAGUCAAAAUUCGUCCCCAUGACGUCCGAUAAUGAAAAAAGGAUUAAUGCCACCACUCAGCAAAGACCUUCCCUAGAGAAAUCCAAGACUCCCAAGAAACGUGCGAGUGAUACUAAAAGUAGGGAGUUAGGUGAAUCCAGUUCCUUGAACGCUGAACCGGUAGUGUAUACUGCUGAACAGGUAGUGUGUACUCGAGGUGAGCAAGAGCUUUUAUCCAAGCAUGGAGAUGAUGCAAUUCUGGAUCAGUCUGCCUCGUGUCAAAUUAAUGAAAUUCCACCAGCUGAAGAGAAUAAAAGUUUUAAAGAAAGAAAGCCUAAAGAAGCUGUUGUGGCAACAAGAACUUCACCUCAAGUGAAACAGUCACUUCCUGAUACAAUGAAUCUGGAAUGGAUCAAAACUACUCCUCCACAGGGGACCGUAAAACCUUUUAGCAACAUACAGCAGAAUUUAAACCCUAGCUCGCCAGAGUUUAAACCGAGAGUCAGUUUCGAUUCAUCUCAAAAUUUGGUGCCAAAAGUUCAUUCCGCUAGUGAGAUCAAACUUCCAGACUGUGUAGAUAACAUCGAGCCUGAAACGCAUCAGCAAUUGAUGAUUACUGGAGUGAAUGAACCUUCUGAGGAUUAUGUUCAGCCAUCUGAUAUAAAUAGUGCCACAACAGAAGGUGUCUGCAACAGGGAGCCUCACAGUUGGGUAACUCAAAACAGGACUUCUCAUUACCCGCGGAAUGAUAGAGGUGCCCAUGAUGAGAGGAGUCAGUUCAAUCAACGACGUGAUACUAAUUAUACGAGGGGUGACAAAGGUAGAAAAUUUCGAGACACAAACAUUUCUUACCAUGAUCGAAAUGAUCCUCUGAAUAUCCAAAAUGAAGUAAACACCAGACAAAAUAGAUUCCCCAAUCACCAUUCGCGAAACAAUUAUCAAAGUGGUGAUAGAGGCCAUCACAGAGGACAAGAUAAUCGCAGAUCAGGUGAUUAUCAACCAAGACCUCAUAACCAAGAAAAGAAUUUUCAUAGAAAUCAGAGACUGAGAGUUGACCAAAAUCAAGGAGCACAAAAUGAUGUUUGCGGGCACAACCAGUCUCAAGACCAAAAUGCAGAGGUGGGUAUGGCGCCAGCAGGGUCGAAUCACCCUGAGCACUACACCACGGAUGAGGAUAGGACACCAAACCACCCUCCUAGAAACAAUUACAAUAAAUGGAGUCAAGUUAGUAAUUCAAGAAGAAGCCUCAAUCAGCAGGGUUACCAUCAGGAUAGGAGCGGUGGUUCUAUGAGACACCAAAGGCAUUCGACUGAUGGCAAUGACCUUGGACGGUAUAAUAAUGAUGACAAGGGACCCAGUGAUAGUAGAAUGAGUCGUAAUGAGAAAAAGGAGCAUAGAAUGGAAGAUGACAAAAAUAUGUCUCAGGAUUCGGGUCAGAAUUCAUGGGCAGAUGCAAGUAGCAAACAGGAUUCAAGUCAGAAUUCAUGGGCAGAUGCGAGUAGCCAACAGGAUGAGUCUAAUAAUCCUCCAUCAAGUAUUGCUGAUAAUACUAAUGGGCUAGUGAAUAUUGAAGGGGUCGAGUUACAGCAAUCAGCAGAGUAUGAAGCAGAUUCGUCGUUCCAAUCAGCUUGUUCUCAUGACCAACAGACAUCAGGGUUAGUCGACUGGAACGAUCUCACAGAUCCAGAGGAGGAUGAAUCUAAGGGGAGUGAUAAGUGGGAUACUUUGCAACAUCAGUAUCAAGCACAUCAAGAAAGGACACCCAAGCUUGACAACUGGAGGGAGAGACCAAGCAACUUUAAGGAUCCAAGGAUGGAGAGGGAGCAGCAGAAGAAGAAAGGUGUUGUCCAAUCCACAUUGGAUCAGUAUUGGAUCCCAGGGACGAAUGCUGACAAGGAGUUUAAGAAUUGGGAAAAGAACUGGAGGAAAAUGCAGGAGUUUAAGAAUGUAAAGGAGGUGCAACAAGAUUUGUUCAUGGUAUCAAAAGAAUAUUCCUUGGCCCAUUGCGUGGCAGAGGACAUGAGGAUGGGCAGUGGCAUAGCUGUGCAGUUUAAGCGAGACUUUAAGUGUCAGGCUGAACUCCUCCAGCAAAAAGCUAAACAAGGUGGCCUGGCGGUACUCGAAUCUGAAGGCAGACAUAUUUACUACCUCGUCACUAAGAGGUUAUCAACCGGGAAACCAACGAACUACACCAUGUGGCAAUCGUUACGGAAACUUAGGGACCACAUGGUUGAACAUGGGGUUCAAAAAGUGGCCGUGCCGAGAUUGGGUUGCGGUCUCGACAGGCUGGAGUGGGUGCAGGUGAAGAGCAUGAUUCAGCACGUUUUCGAGACCACAGAUGUAGAAGUGUUGGUGUGCAAUUUUCAGCAGAGCGACCAGGAGCAACCGUCUCCGAACAAGGUCUAUGUGUCGUGCAAGCAGAUCCACGAAACGUACCCUAUAACCAAAAUCGAGAGCGGCACCAUCAUUCUGUAUUUAUCUACCGAGGACGGUGACGUCACCGAUGAGAUGCGCGCGCUCGACAAAAAGUUCAACUUUUUGUCGAAGUUCCGUGCGCACCGACCGAAAACUCUAGGGGGCGUAAUCAUACAUGAAGACAGGAGACUCAACUACGUGUUGUGCGGGUGCAUAGUGCGUAAAACGUCACGCGAGCCCAUAGAUUACGCGAAAUUCGGCAAGUGCGUCUUCGAGAUCAACAAGUACAACAGGAAGGUCGGGUUCGGCUACCUGGCCUUUCAGACGGUGUCGAACGAAGGGUACGGCGACGACUUGGUCAGCGAGAAGAUACUAACGAUACUCACCAACUACAUGAGGAACGUCGACGUCUACACCUGCUCCGGCAAUUUGGCGGACGCGCCGGAAGAGUAAGUGCGUUUGUAAGAGGGGUUCCGGGCCGGUGUCGGUUUUGAUGGUUAGUUUUUUUGCGGUAAAUCGAACCUCCAUAGUAGUUUAGAUAGUCACCAGAUACGAAAUUUCGAUGCCUUUGCAUUCAGGCAGGAUGUUUAAGUAAGACGCGGCAAUAUUUUUAAAAUCUUAGACAUUUAAUGUUAAUGUUCAUCAUAUUUUAAAUUUAGAGCCAAGGAAUCCAUAAACCCUUAACUUAGAAUCGUUAGAAUCGUGUUGGGCAAGGUUCCACAAUGGAUGAAAUAUUGCUUAUAAAACUUAAUUUUGAUGGCGAGGGCGCCUGAAUAAUAUGGAUGCCAUAAAACUAGCAAUCACGCCUCUAAGCUAUUGCCGCCUCCCUUUUAGACAUCCGGCCGUAUAAUAAAUAAUACUUGGCGCAGGCGGCGGAAUAUUUUAUAAGCGGUCGCUCGGACCAUUUGAACUACCAGGGAAACGUAAAAUCCAACAUCGUCGGAAAUGAUUUUUGCCUUAUUUGUAUCACGCGUGUGUGUUUUUUUUUUGUUUUUAGAAAACAAAAGGUUCGCCGCUCAAAGCGGCAUUGCGUAACUGACCAGGGUAAUUUGCACAUUUUGUUAAUAUGGAUAUUCAUAUUGCGUUACUAUCAUCCGUCUUUUUAAUGAGACGUCGAUGAUUUUUUCUUUGCUUGUGUUACAUUUUUUUAUCUCAUAAAUUUAUAUUUCCAGUGUGGGGGUGGGAAGGGGUGUUACGAUAUGUUUUUAAUUUGCUAAAGUUGAUUUUUAUUCGAUUUUUUGGUAUGUAUUUGCUUCGUUAAUGUAGCGCCUUAUUAUAUUAAGAUCAUAUUAGUAACUAUUUGUUGUGUUAGUUUUUAAAUACACCACCUAUUGUUUCAUACCGCUACUGUUUUAAUUUUUAAGUGCCUUAACAGCCCACUGUGUUACCGAGCUAAUAUAGGACUUACAAACAAUAUGAAUUUGUGGUGAUUGCCU